AUGAAAUUGAUGAGUGAGUUUCUUUGGUCCAUAUCUCGAGAACUAAUAAUUAUUUCAAAAUUUGAUCAACUAGAUUGUUGUAGGAAAUUUUAUGCUGAUCAACCUUGUAGUUAACCAUUUAGUCUUAGAACGCUUCAUUUUGAAGUUACAAGCCAAUUUCCAAACAGUACCCAUCUAUCGUAACCUCACUCCCACGCCGUUUCGCGUAGGCUGUACACAGGCACACACAUAGUAUACAAAAACCUCAAAAACUAUGUCAUAAAACCUCCAACCUUUUUCCUUUUUCUCACCUCUUUUUCAUGCAAAUGUCCCGCUUCGCACGCUUCAAAGCCUUCUUCUCGGUACCGUCCAACUUUUUCCCUCACUCCUUCUUCCUUUCUUUCUUCCUUUCUACUCGCGUGGGUGGGCCCGACAGUUUAUUAUCAGUUGUGAGGCAAAACGGUAAUAAUUAUUGUGCGUUUCUAGAUUCCCUUUUCAAAUCGUUUCUACCGUUUACGACCCCCGUGGGCCGCCCGCAACAGUCACUCAAAUAGACUGCCUUUACUGAAAAAUGUAACGCUAUAAUUAUCAUGUCAGAGUUUUUGAGUUUUACUUGAGAGAAUUAUAGGUUCGGAGGUUUGAUUCUGAAGAGAAAUGGCCUCAAACUUUGACGAUUGUUUAUACAUUUUAAUCGUACACAAACUGAUACAUCUGGCAACUUUGAAAUUUCUAAACAGUUUCAGAAGUUCCCCCACUUUCUUCUUAUAAUAAUUUUGUGGUAAGCUCAUUAAAAAUUGUGAAGAGAACACCGUCUAAUCGGAUUCUCGUCUACAAACUUUCCGUGAUUAAAAGUGUCCCGCCCCGCUUCACUUUCACCCCCAUUUGAGUUGGAUUCAGCAGUUCCAUGUCACAUCGUGUUAGGCGAUUAAAAAAAAUCCAACAUGGUUUUUUUGAUGGCAUCAGCAGUUUUUUGCGUGCUAGUGAGCGAUACGGAAAUGUUCGUUUCAGAUGCUCUGGUGAUGCGCCACAUCCUUUUUCUCACUUUUCUUCUCGGCAUACCGUACUCCUGUCAGGCCGGAUGCUAUCAGCGAAGGUUGUGCUGUGCGGGAAGGAAUAAUACUUGUAAGGUGAGUGCGCGCUUUGGAAUACGUCUGGAAAGUGACGUAGCUGCACUGAAAUUGAAAUUUCGUGAUUCAUAUCAGAAUCGCCCGAAUUAGAAUUAAAAAUUUAAGAACUUGAACCCAAUACACUUCAAUUCAAGUCCAAGAAACCUGCAAAAUUUCGGUGCGAUCAGAUUAUUCCAAGUGUUGCAAAAGUCUAAGCCCAGGCUCGAAAAUCCCGAACCUGGUUUCGAUUUUAGCUGGCACCAUCUUGACCCGGAAAACCAGAUCAUCUUGAACUAUUCCUUCAUUUUCAGGGAGUCGACGACGGAAUCGGUCACUUGCCGACCGUCGCCACUUUCCACAACGAAGAGACGCAGACACUCCAUCAAAGGCCCAAAGAGUACUACGUGCCGCACUACGAGUCAUCGGGCGACGGCUAUGAUUUCGUGUUUCCUGAUGUGAGUACCCUUGAUCUUUCGUCGUCUGAAUCCAUCCUCAGGUGUACGACGAUGACGACGAGAAAAUCGGCAAGUUGGUCCUGCCCGACAUUAUCGAGAUGGACGGCUCGGGCGCCGAUAAAGUGUACGAGCGGUACGGUAUCGGCUCGGGAGACGGCGACGGGGAGCAGCGGUCGAUUCCACUGACGACCGUGGCUUCGAACAUCAAGAGUUUGAUUUUCGGACGGGAACGAGAUCAGAAGACGGCUCCAGAAGACAUCACGCGGUAUAGCGAGAAGCCUAGACAUCUUUUAAUACGGUUUGCGUUUUAUCUUCUGUUUCCUAACUCUCUUUUUAGCAUUUUAUGGACCUUAAAGUAGGUAAAAGAACGUUUGUGUCGUUUGAAGUGAGCUCUAACUUUGUCUACGUCCUGUCCCAUCAAAUCAACAGAUUCCCUUUCAAAUUCUACUCUUCAGAUACUCGAUUCUUUCCAAGUACAUGCCACUAAAAGUGACGUCUUCUCCGUUGCUCUACGAGGAGAAUCGUGUACAGCCAGCCGCCAAUUUGUACUUUUUGGAGAGCGGAGCCAACGAGUGCUAUUGCGAUGAGCAUUGCGUGACUCUCGGCGACUGCUGCUCCGAUUACACGUUCGUCUGUCCGCGUAAGUUGUUGUACUGUGCGAUAGAGGGCAGUAUCAAUUUGCAGCAAGAGACUGCGUCGUCACCGAUUGGGACGAGUGGAGCGAAUGUGCCGCCGACAAUGGAACUUGCGGAAUCGGAGUUCAGAAGCGUCUUCGCCACGUGGUCGAGCACGCGGAAAGGGGCGGAGCCGUGUGUCCGCCGCUCAAAGAAAUGCGCACGUGUUUCGUCGAUUGUAGGCCCAAAAAAUCGUUGUUCGACGGUACGCCAUUCUUUUUUUCACGAAAGUUUUGCUUUUUUCUAUAGAUAUCACAACGGUGGCUCUGAUUCUCGACUACAAGUACAAUCAGACGAGGACAAAAGUGGGAAGGAACAAUAUUUAUUGGGAUUUGCCCACCGUCGCGGAGAAAGUUCGCACCGCAUCCCAGUACGUUUAUUCUCAUCUUCAUUUGAUUUCUCACUUUUCCCAGUUACUGCGUCCAUUACUCGAUCGACUGGGUGAAUCGCAACUGCGUUUCGCGUCUUCUGAACAAAGGACUCACGGAAGGAAGUGUGAUGUGCGCCGAGUGUCAGCCAGAAGCCACGUAUCACAGGAACAACGGACGGUGCGCGUCCGACUUGGAGGAUGGCGAUCAGGGAUUCUGGAAGCUGAUCGGUCCGCAGUCGUGUAACGGCAUUUGGACGAGAAUCAAUCGGACCGAUCAUUGCCAGUGCCAGAGACAGUAUCCGGAGGAUUAUCCGUUUUUGUUAGUUUAA